CCAUUCGCGCUGUUCUCUUGCACUGUCUGGGUCUGGGAACGUGCGACAGAUAAGAAACUGCUUCCAUCUGGUAUCGCAGGGAAAGGGAAAAGAGGGUGAUUCUACUUAGGCGCCCUCGGUAAGACAUCCUGUUUGCAUUGCUACUAAGAUCUGCGAGCUUCGUUUCACUAGAAAGCUGGAGAGGACGUGCGCUCCUAAACGGCUGCACCGGAUUGAUCAUUGGGGAUGCUACGGUUUUAAUCCUUAACUCAUUCUCAUUUUCUCAUGAUACUAUACUCGCCCUAGGCGUCUAGUUCCACUGUCUUCUCAACCGGUCCACGGUAUUUCUCUUAUCCAGCGGAACGCACAGGAGGAGAGGCGCUUGGACCAGGAGUGAUAACGCAAGGACGGGUCGAGUUGGAUGUUCAUAGCCAUAAAGAAGUGGUCAUAGUCUGGAGCUGCUAAUGGGACAAGCAGUGGAUUGACACCAUUUAGUCUGGUUUUACUCCAAGCAAGGGCCUACGUUGGGAGGAGAAGAAGGAGGAAGAGAGAGAAGAAGAAGAAGGGGGUUGUGAUGAGUAACUGCAUAAAGCAAAACCAAAGGAUCCGGUGAGGUUUAGGGCCCAAGUCCCCAGGCUAGUGAGUGAGUGAAGUGAAGCCACCGUCCAGGAAGGACCUCAGAGGAAGGUUUUCCCAGGAUUAUCUCUGGGUUGUGCCUCUCAGGGGACACAGGCACACGUGCAGGAAGGCCCAGAGGAAGGUCGGAGUAGCGUUGAUCAGCAGGCAGCAGGCAGCAGGAUGUGGGAGGGACUAGGACUGCAGGUGUUCCUGAUGUGCCUGGGCGCUGUGCUGUGCAGCGCUGUGGCCGCCUCGGCACCCCUGGAGCACAGCCACCGCCACCGCCUCUCCCUACACAGGCACCGGGAGAGGACAGGCAAAGAGGGACAGGUCCUACACCGCUCCAAGAGAGGCUGGGUCUGGAACCAGUUCUUUGUCAUUGAGGAGUACACAGGGCCAGACCCAGUGUUAGUGGGCAGGCUGCACUCAGACGUUGACGCUGGAGAUGGCAAUUGCAAGUACAUUCUCUCAGGGGAGGGUGCAGGCACCAUUUUUGUCAUUGAUGACAAGACAGGCAACAUCCAUGCCACCAAGACACUGGACAGGGAAGAGCAGGCCCAGUACACCCUCACAGCUCAGGCUGUGGACAGGGCCACCAACAAGCCUCUGGAGCCUCCGUCUGAGUUCAUAGUCAAGGUCCAGGACAUCAAUGACAACCCACCUGAGUUCCUACAUGGACCAUACUACGCCAGGGUGCCUGAAAUGUCCAACGUCGGUACCUCAGUGAUGCAGGUAACGGCCACAGAUGCUGAUGAUCCCACCUACGGGAAUAGUGCCAGACUGGUGUACAGCAUUCUCCAGGGCCAGCCCUACUUCUCAGUGGAACCACAAACAGGGAUAAUCCGGACAGCUCUGCCCAACAUGGACAGGGAAGCGCGGCAGGAAUAUGACGUCGUCAUACAAGCCAAGGACAUGGGGGGACACAUGGGGGGACUGUCAGGGACAACAGAAGUGAAAAUCACCCUGACGGACGUCAACGACAACCCACCGAAGUUCCCUCAGAGUGUAUACGCCAUGUCCGUUUCAGAGGACAAGGUUUCAGGUGAGGAGGUAGGCCGUCUGAAGGCUAAAGAUCCAGAUCUGGGGGAGAAUGGACUUGUGUCAUAUCGUUUCAUCGAGGGCGAUGGGAUGACUGUGUUUGAGAUCACCACCGACACUGACACCCGUGAGGGUGUUAUCAAACUGAGAAAGCCUGUGGACUUUGAGACUAAGAGGGCAUACACCCUGAGAGUAGAGGCAUCCAACACACACUUGGACCCCCGUUUCAUCGCCUGGGGCCCCUACAAAGACACAGCCACGGUUAAGGUUAUGGUGGAGGACGCAGACGAGCCGCCUGCUUUCAUGGCAACUAGCUACAGCUACGAGGUGGAGGAGAAUGCCCCUGAUGGGACCGUGGUGGGCCGUGUACACGCUAAAGACACAGACGUGGCCAACAACCCUGUGAGGUACAUGAUUCCCCGCUACACGGACGUGGAACAGUUCUUCAGUGUCGGCCCAGAGGAUGGCAUCAUCAAGACCACCAGACCGCUGGACCGGGAGACACUACCCUGGCACAACAUCUCUGUCAGCGCCACUGAGAUUGGGGGACAUCACCAAGAUACAAAAGUACGUGUCAACAUCAAAGUCAAAGAUGUGAAUGACAACGCCCCUGAGUUUGCCACACAGAACGAAAUCCUUGUGUGUGAAAAUGUCUCCCCUGGCAAACUCAUAGAGACAGUCAGUGCAGUGGACAAGGAUGAGAUGGUCCACCGACAGUACUUCCACUUCAGCAUCGCCCCAGAGGCUGUCAACAACCAGAACUUCUCCCUGAAAGACAACAGAGACAGCACAGCCAGCAUAUAUGUGACCCGGAGGGGCUUCAGCCGGAUGACCCAGGAUGUCUACUUCCUUCCCAUUGAGAUCAACGACAACGGCAUCCCUCCCAUGAGCAGCACCAACACGCUGACCAUACGAGUGUGCAGCUGUGACAGUAAGGACACCAUCCUGUCCUGCAACGUGGAGCCUUACAUCCUGCCUGCAGGCCUCAGCACCGGAGCUCUCAUCGCCAUACUAGCCUGUAUCGUCAUUCUCCUGGCGAUCGUGGUGCUGUUCGUGGCCCUGCGUCGUCAGAAGAAGGAGCCGCUCAUUGUCUUUGAGGAGGAAGACAUCCGUGAGAACAUCAUCACCUAUGACGAUGAAGGCGGUGGAGAGGAGGACACAGAGGCCUUCGACAUUGCUACGCUACAGAACCCUGACGGUGCCAACGGCUUCCUACCCCGUAAGGACAUCAAGCCUGAGCUCCAGUACCCAAUGAGGCCUGGCGGGCGCCCCGUGGCCAACAGUGUGGAUGUGGAUGAUUUCAUCAAGACCCGCAUAAACGACGCGGACAACGACCCCACGGCCCCUCCCUAUGACUCCAUCCAGAUCUAUGGCUACGAGGGCCGGGGCUCCAUCGCAGGAUCCCUCAGCUCCUUGGAGUCGGUGACUACAGAUUCAGACCUAGACUACGACUACCUCCAAAGCUGGGGCCCACGCUUCAAGAAGCUGGCCGACCUUUACGGCACCAAAGACUCUGCCGAUGACAACUCUUAACGUUCACCCAUUUCCCUGACCACCUCCUUGCACCCUUUCUCCAACCUUCCACUGACUUUGUGUGGUGCUUGAAGUUUACUAUAAGUAUACCACAAGCAUUUUUAUUUAUAGUAAACUUUGUUAUUUGUACGUGUAAAGUAUACUUGCAGUAUACUAGAUACCUGUUGGGGAUGUUUGGUAAGGAAGGACAGAGGGUAUUGAGGAGGUGGAGACAAAAGAGCGAGAGAGAGAGAGAAAUAUAAAACACAUUAAAAACAUUUAAUAAAAACACCUCUGUGGGAUGUACUGGUGUGUAUGGAAAAUUAAGACAUGCUUAAUGUUUGUGGUGAGAGAUCAAAUAACACUCGGUAUUUCAAUUUUUUAUUCAUUUUGUAGGUUACUACGGUUUGGGGUUGGAAUGUGGGUCACAGAGAGACAUGUAAUUGUUGAUACUGUGAAUGAGCUCACAAAGAGGAGAAUAAAAAAUUGUUGCCUUAUAUCAAUGAAGAAAACAAUGAGAAAACAACAAAAGCAAACUGAGACUGGUCGCUCGUGUAGCACCUCCAUCUUCCUGAGGAAGAUGAAUUCAACAAAAACAGAGACAGUCCUUUUUCACAAAUCCAGUGAAAAUUCCCCCCUUUCAGCCCAAUUUCACCAAUGAUAAAUCACAAGGAAAGACCUGUGAGCUCAAAAAUCGCCUUAAGUAAUGGACACUCUUGCAUCACAGUGCAUUUUUUGCAACUUGAAAAAUAUAUCCUAAAGCAAGCUAAAGUACAUAUAACGUAUGUACAGUACAAUGUGCAAAUAUGUCUCUUGAGGAUCAAACGUGCGCCUAUUGGUUCUUGUAAAUCUCAUUUUUUAUUAUGAUGUUAUUAUGAUUAUUAUGAUUUUUUUGUUCUCUUCAUUUUUUAAAUAUUUUUUGGGGGCGUAUGUUUUUCUCCCUUGUUGAGAAAAUAGCAAUCUGUCCUGUCGUAGUGAAUGACGCCUAAUUUCUAUGUCGAAUUUAUGGUACCUAUUUGUACAAUUUUAAAAGUUCUUAUUUUAGUACACAUGCAGAUAUCAGUAUUUCAACAUGUAAGAAAAAUGUUACGGCAUCACACUUAUAUUUUAUGAACAUUGUACUGUUGCUUUAUUAUGUGCUUCUAUCUAAGAAGCGAAAAACUUUGAAAUAAAUGCUUUUUAUAAAACGAA